ACAUGGUUGUAAAAAGGCGCUCAUUAUGAAUAAAGUAAACAAAAACGAUAUAUUCAGGAUUUUAGGUUUGACACCUUUAACAAAGUUGUCAGAAGAAUGGGUGACAUCUGUAUUUGACUCAAACUUCGUAGAUGCUGAAGAUAUUGAUGAAGAAGUAUUUCAAGAUACAGAUCAUAGUACGCUGGUUGAUGCAUUAAAGAGUCUUUUACCAUGUCUUGACCUCUGGAUUGAAAACGAAUCAGAGGAAUGUUUGUGGGUAUGCCUGACUGAGAAUGAUAUAUCAUUGAAGGCAAUUGUAGUGUUUUUGGCUCACCUGAUUAUUGUUGGUCACAAGAAAUCAGCAGAUGUAUCACAGAAAGAGUUGGGUAUCCUAGCAGGACGUACAUAUUGUAAACUGUCACAAGUACAGGGAAGCUGGUCCUACUUCAUAUUUCAACUUGAAGUCUAUCAGAAAACUAUAGAUUACCUCAAACAGUUUAUUGUCCUUGGUUCAUCCAAGUCAACUAAGAGGAAGAGAAAGAGUUUAACUCCUGCUAAAGGAAAGAGAAGUUCAAAAUCUAGACACAAACAGAAAAGUACUGACACAUCAAUUGAGGAUUUUGAUGGCAGUCUGGAUGCAGACAGCAGAGAUGACGAUAAUGAAUUGGCUCCGCAAGAAAUUGCCAGUCUCCGGAAAAAUCUACAUGCUCUCCUUGUUGAUGUUGUUGCCUUCCUUGAGAAGUUUUCACUACGUCAGGCAGUGUCCAUGGCAUACUACAGUGUGGAGAUUAUUACCCCUUUGACAAGACACGAGACAGAAACGUUUGAUGGAAAUUUUGAUUCUAGUGUGUCAAGGUCACGGCAGUCCAUUCCAGCGCUAGCAUAUAAGUGUCUACAAGCCUUGUGUGGUCAACACCAUGGUCAUGUCAGAUCAAUCAUUAACUCUGUUUUUAAGCACCUGAUGCCAAAUUUAGUUAUGUUGGUAGAUAUGAAACCUGUUCAAACAGUAACAAAACAAAUCACAGUGACACAGGACCAUGCAGCCAACUUUGUCUGUAUUUUGAUAAAGCAAUGUGGAGAGAAAGCACUGGAGAAUGUUCGAACACUGAUACAACAUAUGUGUGUGGAGGUGACUGAUCGUGCAGAGUAUCGAACCCGGGUCACUCAAACUAUUGUUGGAAUAACAAAGGAAAUGCCCAAUGAAAGUUACAGCAAACUUGUGAGAUGGUUUCACAAACUCUCUAGGAAUACCCAGAUUAACAUUCUAAAAGCCAUACAAUGGUUUUAUGCGGCACGGAAAGAUGUAACACCGACGUGUAUCCAGAAUUGUUUUAGAAAGGCUGGAUUUAUGAAUCAAGCACAGCAUGAAAUGAAUGCGACCCCGCAGGGGCAUGUUUCCGAUUCGUCUGACACAGACGAGUUUGAGGACGAUGACAUUCCGCUGGCUGAAUUGGCAUCGAAAUGGAAUCGCCUUAGAGUAUUCAGUGACAUAGACAAAAACAUUUCUUUUGAUGAUUACAUAAAUGCCGAUGAGAAUGUUGUCUCCGUUGAGCAGAAGUCCGAUAGCGAUAUAAUAGCGGAGGUACAGCAAAAAUUGAAACCCGCAGAAACCCUGUCGCAGAGUGACGAAGAGAGUGACUCUGAGACUGUUGAUGACCCCCACCCACCAUGA